ACACACACAUACGCAGAGAAGCAGAGAGAGAGAAUGACUGACUGACUGAGAGAGCCAAGGCCAUCAACGCCAGGACACCUGGACCUUCAGCCAGCCACCAACUGACCAGGGCCAGCCUCGCAGCCGCCCACACCCACCACUCCCUCCCUCCUUCCCUCCUUCCCCCAUCGCUCCAUUCCUCCUGCCCGCCCCACCUCUGUCCAGGCCAGACGGUCCACCGCCACCACCACGGCUACCACCCCAACACCAGCUCCGCCACCACCACCAGCUCCACCACCAUCACCAGCUCCACCACCAGCAGACUGCCACCCUCCACCAGCGGCCACCAGCACAGCGGAACAUCUCCAGAGCCCCGCGGGCUUGCUGCUGCUGCUGCUACUGCUGCUGGUUCUUGGCGGCUGGUAGAGGCAGGACUGCGAGAGACGCCACCAACUGACUCGACCCGAUCAACCAACCAACCAACCGACCGACCGACCGACCAAGCGAUCGAGAGAGAGAGAGAGAGAGAUAGAGAGAGAGAGAGCGAAAGAGAGAGGGAAGACAGGACAUGGCGUCCAACAGCAUCUUUGACUCCUUCAGCACAUACUCCAGCAGUCUUCUCAGAGACCCAACUACUACCAGACGGUUCACGCCGCCCUCGACGUCGUUUCCCUGCAAGAUCCCGGACGCCAGCGGCGGCAUGGGCACCCCUGGACCGCUGAGGACCAGACCUGAGACCCGGUCUGUUGUGGACGUUUUAGCUGACCACGCCGGCGAGCUGGUUCGGACGGACAGCCCAAACUUUCUAUGCUCCGUGCUCCCCUCCCACUGGAGAUGCAACAAAACUCUACCUGUGGCUUUCAAGGUGGUCGCCCUCGGUGACGUUCCUGAUGGCACUUUGGUCACGGUAAUGGCCGGGAAUGACGAGAACUAUUCGGCAGAGCUGAGGAACGCGUCUGCGGUGAUGAAGAACCAGGUGGCCAGAUUCAACGACCUGCGGUUUGUUGGCAGGAGUGGCCGCGGAAAGAGCUUCACCCUCACCAUCACGGUCUUCACCGCACCACCUCAAGUGGCAACCUACCACCGCGCCAUCAAAGUCACAGUGGACGGCCCACGGGAACCUCGACGGCCCAAAAGCACUGGUGGAGUUCUGCAAAGAUUUUCUCUGGGCCUGGACGAUGAGGAGAAGUAUCAGGGUGCUAUGCUGAGAGGUCAUCGUGUGAAGCUGGAGGAUCCUCAGAAGAUGCCCUUCACUGAGCGCAUGAGCGAGCUGGAGCGCUUCCAGAGGCUGCGCAUGGGCACCAGCAAUGGCAACCCGCGCCAAGCUCACCAGGGACACUUCGGGACAUCCACCUCCCAGCUCGGAGCCCUGUGGUCGGAGCAGAUGGACCCAUCGGGCAUGAAGCCCUGCAAGGUGGAAGAGGACCUACGCAGCUGGACAGACACCACCAAUCUGUUCCCCCAGAGGUCCUUCGCUGCGUCGCUGUCCCCGCUGCCGCGCUUCCCCGACCCCCAUGUCCACUACCCAGGGGCCUUCACCUACUCCGCCAACCCAUCUAGCACGGGCAUCGGCGGCCUCAGCGUCACGGGCAUGUCCUCGUCCCGCUACCACACCUACCUGCCGCCGCCCUACCCGGGCAACCAGAACCAGAGCUCCCACUUCCAGACCAACUCCUCGCCGUACCACCUGUACUACGGCACCGGCUCGGGCUCCUAUCAGUUCAGCAUGGUGCCCACCGGCGGCUCGGGCAGCGGGGGUGGCGCUGGAGGUGGCGGUGCCGGCGGGGCGGUCGAGCGUUCGCCCACCCGCAUGCUGAGCUCCUGCACGGGGGCGUCGGCAGGGAGCGGCAGCGGGAGCCUGAUGGGCAACCCCAGCCUCAGCAGCCAGAACGACGGCGUGGACGCCGACGGCAGCCACAGCAACUCGCCCACCGCCAUGAGCGCCUCGGGCCGCAUGGACGAGUCCGUCUGGAGGCCGUAUUGACGCCCCGUCACCACAGGGGGGCGCUCCAUGGGGGUGGGGGCUGAAGCGUUAGAGGAAGACAAAGAGGAAGUGGAGGAGGUAGAAUCGGAGAUGUUGAUAUGGUGGUGAAAGAGAGAUAAUACAGUAGCUUGUGUUGCCAGAGAAGUUGUAAGUGAGCAGGGGUGGGUAUAGAGAAAAGGGGUUGCAGAGUUUGAACGCAGAAGUACAGUAUAAAGAGAGUUUAUGUAAAUGUUAGAAAGUUUAAAAAAAGCAACCAAAAAAAAUGAUGCUGCAUGUUUUGUGCGCCAUGUUUUGUCUGUUAGCCGUCCUUCCCCGAACUCAGCUUUGUUUCUAUCUGAUAGAGCAGCUUAUUUGCAUUCUGAGGUGUUUGCCGGUGCCCAUGAUGUACUUAGAAAAAAACAUGUAUGAUUGUCCUUUUGACCGAAAGGAGACUGAUUUGUUGGUACAUUCACAGAAACAACAAAAGAGGUAGCGAUUAGUAAGUAAAAAAAAAUGUACAUAGGAUGGAAUGGGUUUAAAAACAGGCAUAGUAAUAUAUGCAACUCUUUGAGAUGUCUCGACAAUCAAAAAUAACCAAAGACUUCAACUCCCAGACUGCUUUGCGUGUCCUUUUUUUUCCUGGGCCCCCUCUCACAGAGGGCCAAUCACUUUUGUACUUUAACGCAUUGACUCUAUAUGACUUCGAUGGC